GUGGUGGUGAGGAACCCCGGCAGCCCCUCUCCCCCCACCCCCGACCCUGGAGAGCGAGAGUUGGACCCGGCCGGACCCCCACCCCGGUCCCCGGAGGAGAGGACCCGAGAGAGAACCAGGUUGCCACGGGAGAGGCCUCUGCUCAGGGCUGCAGUAUGUUUGCGUCGGUGAAGGCCUUCGAGGGGCAGCAGUACUCCACCCUGAAGAGGCAGUGCCUGCAAAGCGGCCUGCUCUUCGAAGACCCCCGCUUUCCUGCGUUCGAUGACUCGCUCUUUCACCACGGCAACAGGAUCGGACGUGUGGUGUGGAAGAGGCCGCGGGAGCUGUGCGAGGACCCUCAUCUGUUCGUAGAUGGCAUCAGCGCGCACGACUUGCACCAGGGGCAGCUGGGUAAUUGCUGGUUUGUGGCGGCGUGCUCCAGCCUGGCCUCCAGAGAGUCUCUGUGGCAAAAAGUCAUUCCCGACUGGAAAGAGCAGGAGUGGGACACGGAGAAGCCCGACUCGUACGCCGGCAUCUUCCACUUCCGCUUCUGGCGCUUUGGCGAAUGGGUGGACGUGGUGAUCGACGACCGGCUACCGACGGUGGACAACCAGCUGGUGUACUGCCACUCCGACGACAGCAACGAGUUCUGGAGCGCUCUGGUGGAGAAGGCCUACGCCAAGGUGUAUGGCUGCUACGAGGCCUUGGAUGGUGGAAACACGGCCGAUGCCCUGGUGGACUUCACAGGCGGUGUUUCGGAGCCCGUGGACCUGCUGGAGGGUCAGAUGGCAACCGACGAGGUGGCGCGCAACCAGCUGUUUGAACGAGUCCUCAAAGUCCACAACCGAGAUGGCCUUAUCAGCUGCUCCAUAAGGGCAACCACCAUAGAGGACAUGGAGGCGCGGCUGGACUGCGGCCUGGUCAAAGGCCACGCCUACGCCGUGACCGAUGUCCGCAAAGUGCGGCUGGGCCACGGGCUGCUGGCCUUUUUCAAGUCGGAAAAGCUGCACAUGAUCCGCAUGAGGAACCCCUGGGGGGAGAAAGAGUGGAGCGGCCCAUGGAGUGACAGUUCAGAGGAGUGGAACAAGGUGAGCAAGAGCGAGAGGGAAAAGCUUGGCGUCACCGUGCAGGAUGACGGCGAGUUCUGGAUGACCUUUGACGACUUCUGCCAGUACUUCACCGACCUGAUCCUGUGCCGCCUCAUCAACACCUCCUACCUGAGCAUCCACAAGACCUGGGAGGAGGAGGUGAUGAGGGGCUCCUGGGUGCACCGGCAGGACCCCCUGCGCAACCGAUCGGGAGGCUGCAUUAACCACAAGGCCACGUUCCUGCAGAACCCUCAGUACGUGUUUGACGUGAAGAAGGUGGAGGACGAGGUGCUGAUCUGCUUGCAGCAGAAAGAGAAGAGAGCCACGCCCAAAGAGGGCAAAGGGGAAAACCUUGCCAUAGGCUUCGAUAUUCACCGGGUGGAGCUCAACAGGAAGUACCGUAUGCACUCGGCCCAGCAGAAGGUGGCGGGCUCCAUCUACAUCAACUCGCGCUGCGUCUUCCUCAGGAAGGAGCUGAAGGAGGGUCGCUACGUCAUCAUCCCCACCACCUUUGACCCCGGGCAGCAGGGCGACUUCCUGCUCCGCGUCUUCACUGAUGUGCCUUCAGACUGCAAAGAGCUGACCCUGGACGAGCCUCCUCAGACGUGCUGGACGGGGAUGUGUGGCUACCCCCAGCUGGUCACUCAGGUCCACGUUCUGAGCGCCGAGGGUCUGCAGGGACAGGAGUCCAACGGAGCGUCUGUUUCCGCAGCCGUCGACCCCUACGUGAUCAUCACCUGCGAGGGAGAGAGGGUUCGCUCGCCCGUCCACAAGGACACGCGCUCGCCCAACUUCGACAUCAAGGGUCUGUUCUACCGCAAGAAGCCCAAAGAAUGCGUCCACAUCGAGAUCUACAACAAGAACAUGAUCGUGGACACCUUCCUGGGCCAGGUGGUGAUGUUCAGCGACCCUAACGAGCGGCAGGAGCAGCACACGCUCCACCUGCGCGACAAAGGCAACCGCCAGGACAACGACCUCCCGGGCACGCUCACUGUGCGCCUCAUCACCUCCACCACGCUCACCAACAUUUGACCGCCAUUCCUCUACGUGGACUUUGUAAUGGCCUUCGACGUCAAUAUCUUCACUCCGUGUCGCUGCUG